CAUAAACUCGACAGAUUGUAGUCACCAAAUCACUUCUGACGUACUGUCAAGUUAAGAAAGUCUCAUUCAAGGGUGUUUCGUGCGUAGUGUCAUACUGAGUGUCGAAUAUUUGACGUGAUUCAUAGUGCAACAUGAACGUGUAGCUUGGGAUUUUGUAAAACUGUUGAGUGGCCAUACUUAAUUGAUUUUGAAAUGAUGCUGGAUAUUAAGCCGACCGCGGAUUACCUCAGUAGGAACUCCACUUUCGGACAGUUUUCUAUGCUAUUUGAUACUUCAUACAAAGGAUCAUGGAGCUCACAUACUGCAGCACAAUCACAAGGUUAUGGAACGAACAGCUUGACGGGCAUGACGAAAGCAUCUUUAGAUCCUCACAGUCAUCUACGACAACCAGAUCCAUAUCAGAUGUUUGGACCCACAAGUAGUCGUUUAGCGAGUUCAGGAUCUGGACAAAUACAGCUCUGGCAGUUUCUAUUAGAAUUAUUAAGCGAUUCUUCAAAUGCUGCUUGUAUUACAUGGGAAGGAACAAAUGGAGAAUUCAAACUUACGGAUCCUGAUGAAGUGGCCAGAAGAUGGGGUGAAAGGAAAUCCAAACCAAAUAUGAACUAUGACAAAUUAUCCAGGGCAUUAAGAUAUUACUAUGAUAAAAACAUAAUGACAAAGGUCCACGGUAAACGAUACGCCUACAAAUUCGACUUUCAAGGUUUAGCCGCUGCAACGCAACCAGCAACAAGCGAUCCCAGCAGCUACAAGUACCAAAGUGAACUCUUCAUGAGCUCCUACCACCACAGCGCAAAGCUAGGUAGCUUUAUGAGCCCUCAUGCAACAAUCCCCAGUUCAGCAGCAUCCAUAUUUCCCUCACCUGGUUCCUACUGGAGUAACCCAAGCGCAAACCUCUACUCCAACAUAGCAGCCAGCACACACUCAAUCAGUCAUCAUGCAGGGCCGCAUCUAGGUGCACCUCCUCUCGGCUCUUAUCCGCACUACGCAUGACCUGCUUCGAGCUCAUCAUCAGGAUCGGACUGGACGAAGAAACUUACCAUGUAGAAAGUAGGAAGUCCCUGAGAUGAGUUAGUUCUAACAUAAUUUAAACCACCGACCAAAAGUCGGGAUUUAAAAGUGUUAUAAAAAAUGUAACUCAAGUUUGCGGAAAGUUGACAGGGCGGGAGGUUUAAGGAUUUGUUAAUUUGCAAAUUCUGGUAGAAAAAAUUGUUUAAUAUUAAUCGAUAAUGUUAAUUAAGAAAAAAGUCAUUUUCUAUUAAAAAUUAUCAAAAUGUUGAUUAUAAUUUUAGUCGUUUUAUGGAUGCUACAUUUUUUAAAGUAAGUACCUAUAUUUACUAAACUUCUUUGAGAAUAAUACUUAUUUCUCCCUUUAGUGUUUUCAGAUACAAUAUUUUCAAUAUUAGAAAUAUAGCUCCUUAAAUAUCUGUGAUCUUAAAAUCUUUAUUACUCUUGAAUUUAACGGUUCUAAAACGAUUCACGUUUGCAUUGGUAUUGAUCACUUGAUAAUCUCCACUUACCAUCUUCGCUUAUUUAGGUCUUUCAUUUUUAAAGUAACUUAUAAAUUUGUUAUUUAAUAAAAAAAGAAGAGUUCAUAUUUAUUUUAUCACGGUUCUUGUUUAUUUUACAGUUUUAAUCGUUACAGUAGAAUUCUUUCUUAUUUUUCUAUAGUGGACUCAACUAGAGUCAACCAUUUCUCUUCGGCCAUGAUGGUUGGGUGAAAUGCCCAUGCCAUGAACAAAGUUUUAAUGUGUUUGUUACGUUUGUGAGGCUUUGUUUUCAAUACAAGCCUUAUUACAGAGAUGCAGAUACGUCAAUUGCGACGUAUGCGUAUGUCUGGUUGAUUACGAGAAAGGUUUGAUCGAGUACAGCACGCCAAGAUGAUGCAAAUACUAAAAGAAGCAGGAAUCAACAACCAAGAUCUGAAAAUAAUUAGAAACCUUUACUGGAAUCAGACUGAAAACCUCAAAGUUGACGGUGAAUACACCGAAGAUGUGAAAAUCAUGCGUGGAGUGGGGCAAGACUGCAUUUUGUUCCCUCUAAUUUUCAAUAUUUACCCUAUAACUACCUCGGCACCAUAAUAAAUGAAGAAUGGACCAACAACCAAAGCUAGAUCAACCUUCAACCGUAUGGAGGCCUUAUUCAAGAGCCACAACCUUUCUCUUGGUACAAAAGUAAGAAUGCCAAGAUGCUACGUCUUCUCUGUCCUUUUUUAUGGUGUUCAAUCAUGGACCUUGAACGAAGAUAUGUGCCGAAGGCUAUGAGAAGGUUUGAAAUGUGGCUAUAUCGGAGAAUUCUUAAAAUCCCAUGGACCGAUCGGGUCACAAAUGAGGAGGUCCUUAGAAGAAUAGGGAAGAACCGAGAGGUACUAACCACCAUCAAAUCUCGAAAGUUGGAAUACUUUGGACACAUUAUGCAAAAUGAAUUCAGAUAUUCGCUCCUACUUUCCAAAAAGAUUUGGAAAGCGACGUCCAGGAAGAAGAAGAACAUCCUGGUUAAAGAACCUCAGAACCUCAGAAGCUUUUCCGCGUUGCUGCAGAUAAAGUGAAGAUUGCCAUGAUGAUCGCCAACAUUCGUCACUGAUAGGCCCAUCAAGAAGAAGAACGUUUGUGAGGCCGUUUUUUCAUAUUUUUUUCUGUUUAGGGUUUGCACGGAGGAAAACUGAAAUACAUACGCAUACAAGAUGCUCACGCAUAUGACCAGGCGCAUAUGUAGUGGUACUUCUUUUUACAAUUUUCUUACUUCCUUGAUUGAUUCAAGUGUGUACAAAAUUAAUCAUUCUUUCAACUAACCUAAAAGAAAUUGGGAAAAACAUUGUUCGUUAAAUAGACAAACUGCAGCUGUGUGAAUACACCAUUCUUUUUACUUUCCUAUUGUCCUAUGGAUUAUUUUUUCUAAGAUCUUCCUUACUUACAUAGAUAACAUUAUUGUAUCUUGUAUCCCAACUGGGCAUGAUCCACAGAUUUUAGAAUAGUACGAUACUUUUUAGUUUUCUUCUAAGUGUCUUAAUAAAGUUAAAUGUUUUAUGGUAGUAUUUGUUUCCCGCUUAGAUCAGCUUUGUUUUUUCUUCUACUAAUACCUACGGUGUCAAAAGAAGUCUGGUGGGACUCAUUCCAUGUUAUCGAGCCCUAGGUGACCUGGUACGCCGGAGUAUCUCCCAAAAAUUUUCUUACGCAUUUAAAUUUUGAGAGCAAUAUUGCUUUCUGCAGGAAUAUUCACUAAGACUCGAUGGUUUUAUAUUCUCGAGGAGACUAUGGCAUGACUUCAGAAGUAAUGGGAAUAAUAAGUAUUCUCCAAUACCUUUUUUUUUAUCUUAACACCUCUAAAUUUGACGACUUUCUCGUUGUAUUUACUACGUAUAUUGUUGUUGUUCGGUAUCAACACAACAAUAAUUAUUGCUAUUUGUCUAGUUGGUUUAUUAACAAUUAUGAUUUCCGGUCUAUUAUGUGCCGCUAAUUGAUCGGUGAGCACAAUUCGGUCCCAGUAUAGCUUGUAGUUGUCAUUUUUAUGCAUUCAGUCAGGGACGCAUUGAUAAUAAUAGACCAGGGCGCAUCUGUAAAAAUAUUAGUACAUUUCGAUGUUGAGAGGUGACUCAAAUUUUUUUGCAGAAAUUGCUUGAAAAUAACUCAAAUAAUAAUAUUUGAGUUAUCCUCCCUCUCAAAAGGGUCCGGAACAUUGUUUAAAUAAUCAAAAUGUCAAAAAAUGAAGGAAAAAUUCGAUUUUUUUCUUGGUUUUUUGAUUAUAACUUUAAAAGUAUUCAUUUCCGAGAAACGUUGUACUGACAUAAAAGUUGACUAAUUAAAUUUCCUACAAUAUAGAAUUGGUUA